AUGUAUGUAUAUAAAGAAUGUAGGGACCGCGGUGAAUACAUGAAAUUGAAAUGCGCACCAAUGGAUUAUAAUUGUCAAUGCGAUGCUGUUAAAGCAAUUCAACUUUGUUUCCUACAAUGCGCGGACGAUAUAAAUAUUACAAAUGAAGGAAAAGCUUUAGAGCCUUCUGUCGCCCAAAUCUGUGCAUACAGUACGCCGGUGAACCCCACAUCAUCGACUCCUAUAAGCCCAGAUAAAAAUAGUAUUCCGACAACACAAAAGUCGUUACCAGAAACACAGAAUAAUUCGCCUAUUCGUAAUGCUACAACACCUACUGUUGCAUCUACUGUUGCACCUACUGCUUCAUCUAAUGUAAAAAAUAGUAGCAAUAGCUUAAAACGAUGCUGGAAUAACUUAAUAAUAGUAUGUGGUGUAAUUUCUUUUGGCUUUAUAGUAGUAUAA